GCAGUGUCUUACAUGAGUUCUUGUCGUUGUAGUUCUAUGAAUUUUUCAAUUUUCAUUACCUGUUUUCGCUGACCCAUAAACUGUUGACAGAUUUGAAAUUCUUGGUUGAUAUUGACUUCAGGUUGACUAUCUGGUACAGAUAUGUCUCAGAAUGGCAUCCAGUUGGUGGAUGUGGGGAAUCCCGCCUUAGUAUCUGAGCUUGGCGACUAUGUGAAACACCUGUUAGUCAGCGAAGACAUGAGCGAUGUUCAGUUCGCUGUGGGACGUGAUUAUGGAGUCGUGAAGAUCUUUCCAGCUCAUAAGGUCAUAAUGGGUGUCCGCAGUCCCGUGUUCCACACGAUGUUCUAUGGAAGUUUACCCGAUAACUGCACAUCUCCCAUCGAAAUCCCUGAAGUUUUUCCUGACGCGUUCGCCAAUAUGCUCAGCUACUUGUACACCGAUGUGGUGGGAAAUUUCACUCUGGACAACGUUUUCCACACACUGGGCUGCGCCGACAAGUACGACUUGCCCCUGCUGCUAGCCAUGUGCGCUGAAUUUGUCCUGAAUCAGCUCAACAUCAGCAACUGUCUGGAUAUGCUGGAUAGUGCGGUGCACUAUGGAAACGUCGCGCCAAGUAUCCUGGAAAAAUGCUUAAGCCUGAUUGACGAAUCAGCCAAAUCUGUCUGGCAGUCGGCUCGAUUCUUUGCGAUCGGGCAAGAGGCCCUACGCGCGAUUCUCAGUCGGGACACUCUGACCGCCAACGAAGAUUUAAUCUAUUUGGCUGUUGACAAGUGGGCCGUCAGCAUGUGCACGCGAAGGAACUUGGACCCUUCGUUCGGCAAUCGGCGUGAGGUAUUGGGCGAGGCGUUGUUCCUCAUCCGGUUUCCGCUCUUGACGGAUAAUGCAGCUGCUGGAUGGGCCCGUGAAGAGUGGUUUGUUGCUGCAAUCGGAGGUACUGAACAUCUACCACUACAAACACGCCACCAUCAAACCGCAUCUGCCGUAUUCUACGAAACCCCGACAAAAUGUGCGGGCUGAGGGUGUAAUUAAUUAUACGGUUCCUGAUGUCAGGGCACUGCCGGAGCUACCUGCCUUUUCGUUAAGCGAACCCAUUACUGUCAGAAAACUGCUCUGGAGCCUUUAUGUCACAAAGUUAACUGACGGUGAUUCUGCUUAUCUGACCUUCCGCCUGUGGUGUUGUGGCGGUCCGAAACUGACGUCGUGGACGUGCCAGGCUUAUGCAAACAUGCGUGUGCUGCCAUGGAAAACGGAAACUGCACCAAUUACGAAACAGACAUCCCACUUGUUCAACAAUGCAUAUGGUUACGGUUUCCCGAAAUAUAUCGCAAUGGAGCAGUUACUGGAUACGGCGAGAGGAUACGUUAAUCCUCAGGACUUCUCCUUGAGAUUGCAACUCAAAGUGACUGCUGACCUUCCUACUGGAAAUUCUGUAAUGAAUUGAGAACAGUGCGC